CUAUUUUACUGGCUUAAUUAUGCGACAGGAUACAAUGACUUUCCGUCGCUCAUAACAGCCAACGUCACUAUGGCUGUUAUUAUUGAGAAAGGAUUUUUCAUCGACGUGGAGGAUUAUAAUAGAACGCUAUCUCAAAUCUCAGUAGUGAUGAAUGAGAUUAUUAAAAAGGAAAUGCAAAUUAGCGGAAUUGAGUUUAAUGUUUUUGGAGAUACAAAUGUAAAUUUAAAACAAGACUAUACAAUUUUAUUUUCGAUUGCAAGUUGUCAGGUAACUUGGCAAUUAUUGGAGCGAGCUCAAAAAGAAAAACUUGUCUAUGUUGCUAUUACAGAUCCGGACUGUCCGAGAUUACCGAAGGAUGCUGGUGUAAGUUUAUCACUUAUCGUUCCAGGUCAAGAAUUACCUCAAAUUUUCCUAGAUCUUAGAACAACUGGCGUUCUCUCGUGGCCGAAAGUAAAUUUUAUCCAUGACGACACAUUUGAUCGUAGUAAAUUAAGAAUUUGCGCAGCUCGAGAUACCAUCAGCCGAGUGGUUAAAGCUUUGUCAGUCGAGCUUUCCGACAAAAGACUGAAGUUGUCGACCCGAGCGUUAUUCUCGACUAAAUUCGAGAAAGACAAAAGCACGAUGAAACUACGUAUCCAUAAAAUACUUUCGGACGUCCAUGUGGAUCAGCUUGGAAAUUGUUUCAUGGUUAUUGUUACUAUCGAUAUGGUAUCGACUAUUAUGGAAGUUGCAAAAUCACUGAAAAUGGUGCAUCCGGGUAGCCAGUGGUUAUACGUCAUCAGCGAUGGCGCAAGUAGCGAGGUAAACGUCACAUCGUUCCUUGAGUUUCUCAACGAGGGCGAAAACGUGGCAUUCAUUUACAAUGCAACGAGCCUCAACCCCGAGUGUAAUAUGGGAUUAAUGUGUCAUAUCAAGGAGAUGAUGAAAGCCUUGGCUAUAAGUUUGGAAAAUUCACUGUUGACUGAACUGGAACUUUAUGAUCGCGUUACCGAGGAAGAGUUCGAAGUCGUCAGAUUAUCAAAGACUGACCGUAAAAAGGAAAUAAUUAGGAGCAUGAACAAGGAAUUGAGGAAGAUACGAUCGAGCAGAGUAAAUAGUUGCAGCGAGUGCGUGAAUUGGCGAAUGUCGUCGGCGAUCACGUGGGGCGCCUCUUUUGCGACGUCGGCCUAUCAUCAACUUCAACGACCCUCCUCCGACCUCGGCCCUCGCAACGCCGGCUAUCAAUUAAUAGACGUGGGUACGUGGAUUCCGGGCCUCGGGGUCAACAUGACAGAGCCACUUUUCGCACACGUGAGCCACGGCUUUCGUGGAAUUUGUCUGCCCGUCUCCAGUUUCCACAAUCCUCCAUGGCAGAUACUUAAAUAUUCAAAGACGGGACUAAGAGAAUUUACCGGAUUGACUUUUGACAUUUUAAAUCAUUUGAGUGUGAAACUGAAUUUCACUUAUAAAGUGCUAUUGCCUACAAACGUCGAAGCUUCAAUUAAAGCUCUAAAUAACAACUCGUCAUUCUUUAAAAAUCUGGACGUGGCGGCGAUGUCGGUGAUGCAAAAGGUGCCGCAAGAAGUCUUGGAGCUCGUGCGCUCGAAGAAGGUCUUCAUUGCGGCAUUGGCAGCCUCGGUAAUCGAGCAUACACGAGGAAUCAAUUUCACGGCUUACGUCGCCGUCCAGACCUACGCUUUACUUUCGGCCAGACCCAAGUCCUUAUCGCGAGUUUUUCUAUUCAUGGCGCCAUACACCUCCGAGACGUGGGGCUGUCUGAUAUCCUCGCUCAUCUUAAUCGGCUCUAUCUUGUAUCUGAUGGUUAAGUUCAGCCCGAGGCCAAGCGAUAUCCAAGAUACCAUUGGCUUCACCACCACCUGGCAAUGCAAUUGGUAUAUUUACGGUGCGCUUCUUCAACAAGGUGGGAUGCAUUUGCCAAAGGCGGACAGCGCACGCCUCAUUAUCGGUACCUGGUGGCUCGUGGUAAUGGUUGUCGUCGCGACCUACUCCGGGAAUCUCAUUGCCUUCCUCACGUUUCCACGCAUGGAUGCGCCAAUCGAUAGCGUCGACGAUCUUCUCGCGCGUAGCGAGGAGUUCACCUGGGCCUUCCCCAACGGUAGCUCCAUCGAACUCUACCUCGGCGCUCUGGCCGAUGACGAUGUCAGGUAUAAACGAUUAUUGGAGGGUGCCCAGAGGCAGGAUCCGACGAAUCCCAGUCAGGCUCUCGAGCGUGUCAAGUCUGAGAAUUACGUUCUCAUCGAUUGGAGAAUUUCACUAGCAUUUCUCAUGAAGAUGGAUCUGCUCGACACAGGGACUUGCUACUUUCACGUAAGCGCCGAAAAUUUUAUACGUGAGAAUAUGGCCAUGAUGAUUGCUCACGACAGUCCUUAUUUGCCAUUAAUUAAUGAUGCGAUAAAACGAAUGCACGAAUCGGGUCUUAUUACAAAGUGGAUGUCGGACAGAACACCUAUAAAGGAUAAAUGCUGGGAAGGAUUAAAAAUAAAUCAGGAAGCAACCAAUCACAAAGUUAACAUGGGCGAUAUGCAAGGAAUAUUCUUUGUGCUUGCCAUCGGAUUCUCAAUAGCCGUAAUUGUCAUUAAUUUCGAAUUUUUUUCUCACAAAAGGAAAAAAGCGGCGGAGAAAAAUUUCGUCCAGCCGUUUGUAUCGUAA